AUAUAGUAUGGGAAGAGAGUUGAAUGAUUUGGUGCUUUGCUUUUUGAUACAAACACUGAAACCGCUUUACCAACUGUGACGGCCGGAAUGACUGAGCGAUAACCAAUUUUUAUGCUUCUUUUUUGGUCGCUAUUUAUGAAUGAAUCACAAUCACUCUCUUCUUUGUAGAAAAGUUCAAACUUGGAACAACUCUCCCAUGAAACUUAUAACCUUCAACCAUACCAAAAAGCAUUCAUUACUUUAAUAAAUUCCCCCACCAGCAUCAUCACCUCUUAGUCAACAAACUGUUUUUUUCCCAAAAGCAGAAAAAAAGAAAGAGAUAAAAUAAAGAUAAUCAAGAACAACAUGUAAAAAAAAUAAAUAAAGAAAAAGAUAGAUACUGAAAAACAUGACUAACCAUUUUCAUUUACAUCAUCAUCCUCUGCUCUGCUUUUCCACUCCCUUCUAACCCAUUUUUCCAUUGCAGGAUUUAUUGGAAUUGAGGAGUCCCACAAUCUUUAUGUUCUGUUCUGUUCUGUUUGUUUUUCCAUCACUUUUUCAGGGCUGUUCAAUUGGAGUUCUUCCAUCUUCAGGUAAUAUUAAUGUGUUUGUUUCUAAGAUGAUUCUUCUAGACACUUGUUUCUGUUGUCUCCAUCCACCAACUGUUUGAUGAAAUGCCGCAUUGAAUAAUUUUGUGGGUUCUGGGGAAGCUUGUGAUCUAUGUGUUGUGGAAUUUGUAUAAUUAGUUAGACAUUAACCCAUUUCUCUGGAGUUCUCUCCUGUUGCAUUGUUGGGUUGAUUGUAAUUUGUAAUAGUGUCUGGAUUCUCCCUAAAUAUUGAUGGGUUCAGGGUCGUAUGGCAACCCUAAAACUUGGAUACCAUAUAUGAGCAACAAAGAUUGCUCUCAAGGUUUCUGCAGUGUAUAUUGUCCUCAAUGGUGCUAUAUCAUGUUUUCACCUCCACCACCCUUGGAGUUUCCAGAUGAUAAUUCAGGCCCAAAUUUUUCACCUCUUGUUAUUGCAAUUAUUGGAAUUCUGGCCAGUGCUCUCCUUCUUGUAACCUAUUACACCAUUAUUUCAAAGUAUUGUGGCAACACAAACCGUUUGUCUGGAACUGGAAACUAUGACCCAAGUGAGGAAUACGAAGAUAAUCACAACCCAACACUUCAUGAGCCAUGGCAUGUUGCCACAACUGGCUUGGAUGAAGCACUUAUCAAGUCCAUUACUGUUUGCAAGUACAAGAGAGGAGAUGGGUUGGUUGAAGGCUCUGAUUGCUCUGUUUGCCUUAGUGAGUUUCAAGAAGAUGAAAGCCUUAGAUUGUUGCCUAAAUGCAGCCAUGCUUUUCAUCUUCAAUGCAUUGAUACAUGGCUCAAAUCACACUCCAAUUGUCCCUUAUGUCGUGCUAAUAUCAUCUCUAUCAAUGCUGGUUCUCCAGUUCAACUCCCUGCAAGCACUGCAUAUCCCAUAACUAAUGAGACCGUGCCAGAGUCUUCUCAGGAUAAUGACCACGAGGCUGUUUCACUAGACUCUGGACAAAGUUUUAGCAAUGAGGAUGCAAAGAACUCCGUUCGCGCUUUCAGCGACCUCGGAAAUCUGGAGAAAAGAGAUACUAUCAUUGAGCUUAGAGAUGGAAGAUUGCAGCAAAUUAGAAGGUCAAUUUCAAUGGAUCAUUGCAGCCAAAACCGUCUUAUUAUUGCAGAUGUUCUACGUCUAAAUGAAGAUGAAUUUGGAGGUAUUGAUGAAGCAGGAAGUUCAGGUGAUGUUGGAUCAUCAAAACAUUCUGUAGGAGAAGACAGUAGGUCAAGUCAUAGAAAAAGAAUCUUGCAUUGUGUGAUGAGUCCUGUUUCAAUGAAGAGAUCAUUUUCAAGUGGAAGACUUUCUCUCACCAAGCAUGGGAGAGAACACAGGGGAAUUGCUCCUGUCUCAUAUUUUACAACACAGAAUCAGAAUGAUUUGCAGUUUUGAUGAGAAAAAAAAACCACAACAGAGGAUUUUACGAGAUGAACAUAUACCAUGUGAGUUCUUUAGCUGCUUUCAAUGAUUUCCCUUUAUGGUUGGUUAUUGGUUUUAGUGAAAGAAAAGAUCACCCAUGGCUUUUGCUUUAUCAUUCAACUGUCACAAAUAUGUCUGAUGCAUCAGUAUGUUUCUUCUUCCAUCAAUUAUUUGACUGCCUUUGCAUUGCUUCUAUGAA